UGACGACUCACAAUUCCCUUGUGAGGAUUGCAAUCUCUUCGCCUUGUCGUCCAACCAGGGGUCCGCAUUACGGCACGGUAUCACCACCUUGUCACAGCAUUAAGCAAACAGGGAACCCGUGCCCAAGUUGCACUCUGUUACAAACAAUAAAACCAGCACCACGUCCACCCAAUAUCACCCCUCAGAUGCCCGCUGGUCUCUUCUGUCAGAGAUGCGCUCAGCCUCCCAGACAACAGACCAAUAGCAGCAUCCAAGCGCGACCCAGCCAGCUAUGCGCCUCCGACAUGGGACAACACCUCGCUGUUCCUCCUCGGCGAGCGAACCAUGCUUCAAGCCAACUUCUUCAAAGUGUUCCCGGAAUAUCUCGAAGCCACCCCUAAGCUCAGUUCCAGGGCGGGCGUUUAUAGCCCGAAUCGAGACCUUACCGUCACUGCCGUCAUCGGGCCUAAGAGGUCGUUCUGUGUCACGCGCAAGACGGCAUACUGAGAGGUACAGCCUGGGUCAGCUACACCCUCACACUGCCCACGUCCAAAGGACAGCUCACGGAACCUGCCCUCGGUGGUGCUCUGACAAAUGCCCGGGUGCGAAACGACAAUACACGUGACCGAUUAUCCGGUUUUGAGACACGACUCUGGUGCACUGCCCUGCUGAGAUCUUUACCUGGCAGAAGUACGAGGACAAAAUCAUUGCUGUAGUGUAUGGGGCGCUGGGUGAGACGCAUGAACUCCUG